AUGGAAUUAUCUGAAAACUCGAGUGUAAUCAAACAGCUUAAAAUUUUUAAAAAGCCAGAAAAUAUGUCAAAAAUCAAGCCUGAAGAAAUUGAGUAUAUUCAUUGUAUGUUUCUGGAAACAAUGAGGAAUGAGAUAGACAUUAAUAAUGAAGGCGGUUAAAUUAGUUAAAUUAGAAUGGGCCUUCGGAGUUUAUUUCAACUAUCUCUGCUUUCAGACUCAUCGCCCUAAGCAUCUGUUUUCACUUACGCCCUUUUCUGUCGAUGUCACAAAAAAUGGUGACGUCGCCAUCUCUCUGGGAGACGCACCCAUGUACUUCUUUGAACAACUCCUAGCGGUCGGUAUGAUCUAUCCUGGUAUGGGAGGUAGAAGACGACCCCGAAUCCUCCUUCUGGUCCCCAUUACCUUCGUAUCCAGAAGUGUUGAAUUGUCACAUGGACUCUAAUUUCCUUGUCUAUGGUACGAGAAAAAAACCCUAUCGUGGUGUGCCAACCAGGGAGAAAAACCUAGCAGGACACAAGUUCCAGGCUCCAGCCCUCUUAGACCUAAAAACCUCACGGGUAUGAGAGAAGGACGGACCGAAUAAGUCGCCAUUUUAUUUGAGUUAAUGAAGGCGAACAAAUCAAAAAAAGAGGUGAUGAACCACCAAGUCCAGUCCCAAAACCUAAUGAUAAUGAAACUGAAGAAGAAAAUACAAUAAUGCAGUUUGAGCAAGAUGAUAGUUACAAGUCAGAAACAAUUCCUAAAAAAGUAUCUAUCCUAACUCAAGCUCUUCAAACAGAAGAAGCUGAGGAAAAAUUUGAAGGAAAUCAAGAUGUAAAGGUUUAUCUUUUUGGAACAAAGGAAUUUUUGCUAAUAAAAGUUGAGAAGUCUUUAACUUUUAAAACAAUUAUCAAAAAAAUAUUAAAUGAAUUACAAAAAAGGAACAGUAAAAUACCCUUAAAGCACGGAAACCGCAUAGAAGGCUAUGAACUAUGAUUAGUUGAAGAUUUUACGCUAGAACCUGAUAAAGAUCUCCCUAUUCCUCUUGAUAAAACUUUGGAAGAUUUUUCAGUAGAUAUGCUUGCAAUUACAGAAUCUAAAAAUAUAAACUUAUCCUCAAGCCAAUCAGAUAUAGAUCAUACCCCUAUAUAGAUUUAUUUAUUGAGCGAAUGUACUGGACUCUUGAACGAGCAAAACAGACUCUCUCAAAGAGAUGAGCUCAAUCUCUAUAUCAGUAAGUGUUAAAAAGUGGCAUGUCAAAAAAUGGCGAAAAAGUGUGAAAAAGUUUACAAAGUAAACGCGCUGAUUUACAAUGGCUUUAUUAUUAAAAUUUAAGAUAUCCAAUUAGACUGAGAGCACCCAAUCAAUCAGGUUUUGAUAUAAGCCUAAUCAAACGCCAAAUGUAGAAUUUCGUUUUUAGACAUCUUGGAGAGAAAUAAAUGAAAUCAUAAAUAUCUACGAAAUUUCACACAUCGAAAAAACUCAAAAGUGGAACUCCCCCUUAACCCAUCAAAGGUGCCCAAGAAUUAUUGCUUCGGUUGAGACAUCUCUCAAAAUCUCCAAUAAUUUUUGGACUUCUGCUUGAUACAAGAUGGCGUCCAGUAUGGAGAAGCUGUGAAUGGCAUCUAGUUUUAUUCAUAAAAUUUAUAUAUAUCAUUUAUUAUUUAUUAUUUAUGUAUUUAUUAUUAUCAUUAAUUUAUAAGACCUUUUAAAAAUUGGUGCGUUUACUUGUCAGCUUUUUCACACUUGUCACCAUUUUUUGACAUGUCACUUUUUAGAACUUCCUGAUAUAUAGAUUGAGCUCGUCUCUUUGAGAGAGUCUGUUUUGCUCGUUCAAGAGUCCAGUAUAGAAAUCUAUAAAGGGGUAUGAUCUAUAUCCCACAAGAAAAAAUAAGAAUUUGAUUUGAAAAUAAAAAUUUUGAUUUAGAUAAAACUCCGAACUCAAAUCUGUAUGAUAUUUUUAUGGAGCUAAAUUUAUUGCCAAAUAACUCUAUAUAUAUAAAUCCUAAUGAUUACUGUUUUAAAAUUAAAAUAACGAACAAUGACCAAGAUUAUGAAGAAUGCGAAGUAAAUAUGGAUAUGGAAAUACAAACCCUUAAUACAAAUGAAUUAUUUUUGACUAAAAAAGUAUUCGCAGAUACCCCAGAAACUAGUACUGUUGUCAGUCCUGCAGGAGAAUAUUUUGAUAAUACUAAUGUAAAAUAUGACGAAUCAUUAUUCAAUAUGAGCAAAGCCCAAGUCUGUGCUUAUAAGGAGUACGAGGUUAUCAAAGAAAAUUCUCGAGGCAAAAGACAAAGACGCAUAAUGGGAAUUGAUCAGUUAAGGAUUUAUAACAUGACAGAGUCUCAAGCUAAACUUUUAAGAAAGCAGACUUCAAAGCAGCGAAAGGUUUAUAUUAAUAAAAUCCAAGGAAUUUUUAAAAAAAUUGCACACCAUCCAGAAAUCCCUAUUGAAAAUGUUAAACGGAUAGAGCAGGAACUUACUUACUUACUUAAUUAUCUGGUGUUUAAGGUGUCUAGUGCCGCAGCCCAAAAGGGCCUAUGGCAAAACUGAUGACGUAGGCGAGCCAUCUUGGCACAGGUCAGCCCCGUCCAAGCCUUCUAUCAACUCCUGCUUCACCGGCCUUGCUGCACGUCUCACCCGGCGCGUUGCCGUCGCCCUUGUCGCUCGACUCAGCUCCUGCGCGUGUUCCCGCCUAAGGGUCAUCCUCCCGUGGGGAUGUGCUGAGAGGUAAAAGCCCGAAAUCUUGAGUGGACUAAGGAGUGGUUCCUCUGGUUAUCCCCAGAGUUAAACCGCUAUUGCUGUCCAGAAGUCUUCGAGUGAAAACCUAAUCCUAUAAAUAAAAUUCCAUGAGGGAGAGAAAAAAUUAGCAGAGCUAAUUUCUCUCGAACCGAAUGCCAUUUUAUUUAUAUGAUAGAGCAGGAACAAAAUUUAAAAUGCUUUAUGCUUGAGUAUAUAGAAAAUGGCAGCCUUAAAUCAAAAAUGUAUGAAACUGCUUCAUCGCUUACUGCUGCAGAAAUUGUUGCAAAAAUUAAUAAACUUUUGCAAUUAAGACUGGAUCAAAAUUAA